ACAGUCAGUGCGGCCUUGCAGACUGAAGAGCGCUGCCAACAAAGGCCGAGUCGAUGGGGUUACAAAAAAUUGUUAAUUUGAUCAUCUAAAACCCUUUUGUUAUUGUAAUUAUAAUUUUAAAUAGGUUGUGAAUCUGUGAUUACGUUAAGAAAUGUGUGAAUGAUAUGAAUCGUGACGGCUAGCAAAGGAGUCAGCUGGUCCAUAGUGCGAAUAGUGAAUAAGAAAUGGCGGCCUUGCCAGCAGGUGUUCAGUAUGCGUUAUCAUCAGAGUCUAGUUAUAAAGAAAACAAGGAACUAGUGUUUGUGAAAUUAACGGAUUCAGCACUAAAAGCUAUAGAAGACUUCAUUAGAAAUAAUAGGGACAGGUUGGCUAAACCUAAAAUACAGUUCCUACCCGGAAAUGAGGGGAAAAUCUCAAUUCCGGCACCAUCCAGUGGAAAUGGAUCGUCGGGCGAAUCCACAUUUCACUUUAGCAUCAAUAGCAAUGCAGAAAUGGAGGGUCCACAGGGUUCGUUCGAAUGCGUCAGGAGCGGCGGCGCGCGGAGGCUGGAGUCGUGCGGGCCGCUGCCGAGACGGAUGCGGGUGCAGGCCAACGACGACUCGUACGAGGCGACGAAGGACCGCAUGUCGAGGACCAUUGCUGCGGAACAGAGCAAAUGCACUCGCGUAAUAAAACCCAACCAAACAGACAUCGGAAGACGUGUGAAGCUACGUAAUACGCAUCCCGUGUUCUCGAACGGGCCCGCGUCACUCGCUGAUAGAAUAGAACGGCAAGAGAGACCCGAAAGGCCCGAGCGGCCGGAGAGGCCAGAACGGCCCGAAAGACCGGAGCGGCAAGAGCGGCAUGAGCGGCAAGACCGUUCCGACAGGCCGGAGCGGGCCGAGCGGGCGGAACGGCCGGACAGGCCGGAGCGGCCCGAGCGGCCGGAGCGUCAGGAGAGGCCCGAGCGGGUGGAGCGGCCCGCAGCGGUGCCGCCCGCGUGCCGCCCGCAGCCCCAGCAGCAGCCGCAGUCGCACCCCGCCCAGCAGCAACGCCCUCCCCCCAACCCCGAGCUUACGAGGCGACCUAUCAAAGAAAGACUUAUACAAUUAUUAGCACUGAAACCUUUCAAGAAGCCUGAACUAUACACGACUCUCGCUCGCGAGGGUAUCAAAGAGAAGGAAAGAAGUAUGGUGAGCAAGAUAUUGACAGAGAUUACGGUGGCGAAAGACAAUUGUUACCACUUACGUAGGCACGUGUGGAAUGACGUCAAUGAAGAUUGGCCAUUCUAUUCGGAAGAAGAGAAACGUAUGCUCAAGAGGCGGAAACCUCAAAACCUGACGCCGCCGCUGAGCAGCGAUUCGGCGAACUCGCUGUCGCCGCGCGCCUCUCCCGGCAAGCGCGGCGGCGGCCCCGCGGGAGCGGGGGGCGCGAGCGCGGGCGCGGGGGGCGCCGGCGCCGCGCCCGACGACGCGCCCGCCGCCAAGAAGCAGCGCAUCUCGCACUACCGCCGCCCCUCGCCGCCCUCCUCCGGAUACGCGACCACCUCGUCGGGCGAGCGGCACGCCUCUGACAACGAGGACGACCGCACCACAGUCAAAAAGGACAAUGGCUACACCCUAAACUUCACUACUAUUAAGGAUCUCUGCCACAGUCCUGUGAAAGCCAAUGGCUUUAGAAGUAGUCCACCAGUAGAGCAAACUAGUAUCACAGAAAAAGACAUCACAAAUACGGAACCAUUAGACAAUACAGCUUUAACGUCUGUGCCUGAAGAAAACCCGACUGAUUUGGUAGAAAUUGAAAGGCAAUACCCGCCGAUAACGAGCUCGAGCACGCGGCGCGCGUACAAGAACGAGUUCACGGCGCUGUACAGCGAGUACCGGGCGCUGUACGCGCGCGUGGCGCAGGUGGCCGCGCUCUUCACGCAGCUCGAGCAGCAGCUCAAGCGCGCCGAGCCCAAGUCGCCGCACCACCGGAGCAUAGAGCAGCGCAUAGUGGAGGAGUACCAGCGCGUGCGCAACGACCGCGCGUACCAGAGCGAGCGGCGGCGCGUCAACUACCUGCACCGCAAGCUCAACCACAUCAAGCGGAUGGUGCUGCAGUACGACCAGCUGCGCAACCUGAAGCCGGAGCGAGUGUCGGCGGCGAGCACGACGCAAGCGUACUGACACUCGAGCAAGCCGCCGCCCGCCCGCUGCCUCUAGUACCGAAGUACCGACGCGCCUUCACACCUGUAUUGGACUAUUUAUAUCAUGUUUACACCCGUCUCACGAGCGAAGCCGGGAAACCGCCGAGGACGUUCACACACCAAAAAAAAAAAGGAAAAAAAUCCGGUUUUUUCGAAACCAAUUUUUUUUUUUUUCACCACCAACACCACAGGCGAAACGUUUCCGAUGUAACUCUAAUGUGUAUAAUAUUUACAAGUUUUGUACGUAUCUCCCGAGUGGCAGAGUUUUUAUACGUCGCGGCGAGCGCCGCUGCGCGUGCGCCGCAAGCCAAACUGCAGUAUUGUAAAUGUGUGUAUAUUCAAAUAUUGGUUAGAGGAAGGAGUUUAUUUAAAAUGUUUCCUAUUGAUGCUGCCUUAACCGACUUAAUAUGACGUACCCGAUACGGUUUUUACGAUUAGUGAAUAGAACGUCGCGACCAAAAUUUUUCAUACACACAUGUGUCCUGCCGAUUUGGGAUAAUGUGCGGUGAGCGCAAUAUAAAAAAAAUUGUAAUUAAUGUAAAUUUCAUAUAUUAUGAUAUUGCGGCAUAUUAUUUUAAGUUGAAGAGUUCUUCCAUUAUUUUAACUGAUGUAGAGAGUUAAUUUGGAGAUAAUUAUUGAGACACGAAUGGAGCGGAGUGGCUCCGCAGUAUACCGGACAUGAGGGCCCAUUACGAAUUUUAUGAAAAAGAACGUUUAUAAGAGAAACCUAGCUUAAUUAUAAUAUUACAUAUUUUCGGACAUUAACUGUAUUUAAUAUAUAUUGAACAUUAUUUUUCCGUAGCUGUUAUCUUUCUACUUAGUCAUAGAAGAACUUAAGUUUCAUAUGCGUGAUGGAAGUGGAAAUAUAAAGCGAGGUCACUGUUUAUAUUUUAACGUUAUUUGCUCUUGUUGUUAGCGUAGUUGACAAUUGCAACCAACAUUUCAUCACUACAUAGAAGGUUAAUUUCAUUUUUUAUCUCAUUUAAUUUUAUAAUAGUGUAAAUACUGAAAGUACUAUAUUUAAUGUGAUUAAUUAAGUACAUAAUAGUCCAAUAGUAGUUUGUUCGUCCAAGUUUAAUUCCAUUCGUCAGAUAUUGCCGUCUCGUUAUUGUUGUCCAAAAUUCAGCUAUGGUUUGCCAGUUUUUUUAAGUACUCUUCAUACUGUUACAGACCGAGCGAGUCAGAGAUGAAACCAAUGCAUACGCCAAUUAAAUAUGCGCUGUAUGGUUUAUCUCUAACUGGCUCUGUCAAUAAAAUAAUGUAAGGAAUAUUGGGUGCGCUAUGGAUGGAUACAAAAAAAAAGUAAUAUUUCAAUUGUAAAUGUCAAUUUAAAGGACAAAAUGCCUUUAAAAACAAUUAUUUUGCACUCGCGACGCCGUUGAACGCGACAUCGUCCCUUCGCUUACAAAUCCAUCCAAUAUUUUAACGUUGGACGUUCAAUUUAUGCGUCUUGCCCCGCUUGCAUGUUGUAUAUAGUACAUUAUAUAUAAAGAUUUAUCAUGUUCUUGUUAAAUUUUACUAUGGGUAGUGUAAUAUUUUUUUUUCAGUUUUUUUUUUCUUUCUUUCUUAUAAAAUAAAAUAAUUAAUAUAUUAUAUUUGUUCCGUAAUGAGCGUCGCGUCGUCGUCGUGUUGAGAUCGUGUAUAUAAGCUUUAAAAACUCGUGACUGUCACAAAGUUACUCAUUCGGUGAUCGAGAACUCGGCUAGUGUUAAAUAACUCGCGGCGACAACGCGACGAUGCUGUUAUGUUAAAGUGGUCAUAGAUAUUUGCCAAAUUAUAAAUACAUUUUACAUAAUAAAUUAGUUUUUAAUUGCUACGAACGUCUUGAAAGUUAGCAACCGGCCAGUGUUGGACAUCCACUAGACUUAAGGUAAUCUGGUCCUUUUCGGAUAACCCUCCAAAAACACAAUAAAACGUAGUUAUUUUUAGUCUUCGCUCGGGCUCAUUUGCACUUAUACACAAAAACACUAACAAUUGAUUGCAUUAUACUCUGCACAACUCGAAAGUGACUGAUAAAUUGGUGAAAUCUAAUUUUACGCCGAUACAAAGAAAUGAUUAACAGUUACAAUGAGCCGAGUGUUAGCGAACCGUCUUACGUACAUUGUCCUGAUUCUAACGUCCAUAUUUGAAAAUGAUUUAGCGUUAAGUGAUGAUUACUUUAAUCCCCGAAUCAAUUAUUAGUAAUUUCGCGUGAAGUAUUUACCGUCGCUUUGAUUAAUUAACGACUCGUUGCAAUCUGUUUUGAAAUAACCCAACAAUCGCCAAUGAAUUGGCGCCAAUUAUUCAAUUGAUUUCACUCGCUAAAAUAGAAACACUGUUUAUUAAAUCUCACAUCAAAUUGUUUCCAUUCACUGUAUAUAUCUGAUGAUUUGUUAUAAUGAAAUAUAUAUUUAUGAAUAGCAUAAUGGAAACAUGUUGUAAGUAUAUGGAUUGUUAUGGAUGCUGUUGUUUCGGUUAGUUUUGUCAAUUAUUGUGUCAAACGACGUUGCUAUUUCAUUUUCACUGCACGGUUGAAACUGGAAACCUUAUACGUGCACUCGAUAUUAUCUAUUGAUUAAAGUUUCUCGGAUCUGGCCAUGUAAUGUCUUGUUAAGAUUUUGUUUCAUCACCAAAUUCCAUAUCUCUGUCUUCCUCUUGUAAAAUUAUAAAUUAGUUAAUCUUUUUUUAUAGUUCCAACGCCAUAUGAAAUACUGUCGAGUGUUUGUAUAAAGCUGUUUUUGGUUUUAACUCGAAAUUAUUUACACUAUAAUGGUCAAUUGAAUGUUACGUAAAAUGUCAACUGACGUCAAGUUCUCUGGUCAAUUCUCGCGUUAGUGUCGCUUUGUUUGCUCACACGUUUGUUAUCUCCUUAAAUUACUCAUGAAAAUGCUCAAUUUGAUCAUGAUAUUAGAUAAUAACCAUUACAUUUCGAAAUUUAUUAUUUUUUAUUCAUUACUUCUCAUUAUUUAUAUUAUUUAGAGCUAUUGCUAAGUUUAACGACAUUCGAUCUGUCAGCGCUUUCUUCCCUGUACUAAUUCUUAUAUAACUCACACAUCACAUUUGAAUUUCUUUCAUGUGGCAAAAGAUUAUCAAAUCAAUAUGAACAACACCGUUUUAAAAUGUUAUUGUUACCAGUAGUUUAAGCAGUGUCGUUUGUUUUUUUUGUAUCGUAUAAUAGAUUACUACAGAUAAUAAUUAUAUUAGUACAUUUUGUUUCACGUGGAGGUAUCUCUUACACGUUAACUUGUUAUGAAUGAAGUGGAUGUUGUGAUUAUGCAUUCCAUUUUGCCGACAACCCAUGCACUGUUCAUUGAUGCACUUUAUGCGCGAGCUAAUAUCUAGGCGCGUGACAGCGUGCCACGUGCCUCGUGGCAUCGCCCGUUCGCGCCUUUGUUGUUAUAUUAGUGACGUCACGUGUCAUAGACUAAGCAAAGUGCAUCAAAAUAACCAACGUAACGUACACCGUAUGCAGAUAAUACAAAUGUUAAGAGAGAAAUUUUAUCCCAUUUAAUGAAUUUAAUAAUAAGCUGUCACAAAGGGAGUAAUAAGUGUCAAAUUCACUUGAUUGUUACCUAUUAAGUUAUUAGAAAGGUUGGACAGAUAUAUAUUUGUAUUUUGUCAUGUUUAUACCAAUUGAAUAUCUAUGAAAUAUCAUAGUCCAUUGUACAGAGUAGGCGAUAUUUAGAGUCUAGUAACGUCAUCUUUUUAUUAAAUCCUAGUUAGUGAUAAAUUAGAAGUACUAACUCCCAAACAUGUAUCGUUCUUUGCGGCAUGACAAACUCGCCACUUGUAUAUUAUGAUUAUUAUUUAAUAAAACAUCAUCUUACAUUAUGUUCUUUAAUUGAUUAAGUAGACCGCGGAGUCAAUCUGGUUGUGUUAACCCCAUUUAUGAUCAUUACAAUGAAAAUGGCCUAUUUUAUUUAUUAUGUAUUUAUAUUUAGUGCGCGACUCGCGAAAUCGUGGCAACUUUGUCAUGUGCAAACUUAACACUGUUAUACUUAACAUAGCUGAUAUUAUAGCGGCUUGAAGGCGGGCGAUGCGUGAAUAUCAUUUAAUUAAAUAAUUUGUUAAGAUAUAGAUCAUUGAGUUUGCGUAUUCUGAUCAAACGUUAUUGUAAAUUUGCUGUACAGUUAAAAUGAAGAUUAGCCGCCGUCGAGACAGGCCAACGGCGUUAUCGCAAGACUGUCGAUUUACCGAACAAUUUAAAUACUAUGUAUUAUGUCAAUGUAAAUAGAGUACGAAUUAGGCGUUUAGAAAUGUUAAGGGAUGUAAUCGUAGCGUUUAUUUUUUAAUUAAAUAUAUAGUAUAUGAGCGGGGGAAAUAUGAAUUAUACGAGGCGGGGUCCCGACGGCGGCUGUCGUAACAAUGCUGCGAUAUUCCUUGUGCCCCUCGAGAUAUCAGUGCAUUAUAUGAGUCAGAUGUGGACUGUGGUACGCUAGUGUUAUUGUGUAUAGUGUUUAUAGCUCGGACACCGACACUUGCCAGCCGGUUCGAGCGAACGACGACAAGCUAUGAAAUCCUGACAUCGGCUCACGUUAAUUAGCUUUUAAAUAUUUCAUCAAAAUAUAAAAUACACAAAAAAAAAACGAUAUAAAUUUCUCGACCAAGUGCUGGUUGUUUUUUAAAUUAUUAAAAUGUAAAAAAAAAUUAGAUUAUAAACAAAGUAUAGGUACAAUUUAUCAAUUAUACUAUUUUCUUUUCGGCAUUUCAUGUAACAGUGGAAGGGACCUGUUUCUUCGCUACUCGGAAAUCAUUGCGUGUACUCGUUUAUUUGAGAGCAUUCAUUGAGCGAACUCAGUAUCGAGUGUUCCUUUUGUAUUAUGUGAUUUCUUUGCUCACGUCCUCUUCCAUUGCUUUAUUAUUUGUUUCGCCAACUGUCUAAUUGUAUAAUAUAAUUUUGUUAAGGCAGGGUAAUGCAGAAAUGAGAAGAGGUACUUUUUUAUUUUUUGAUUAGAUUGAUGAAUUGUUUGAAUGUAUAAAUUGAGUUAAUUUAAUCCAUUCAAUGGAAUUUGUAUUGUUAUGAAAGGAACAAGAGUUUGUUGUUUUUUUUUAAUUAAGUCAUUUUAAAUUUCGAUUUUAAUGAGGCAGCGAUUAGUUAAUUACAAUCAUCAAGUUACCACAAAAGCAAUAGUCAAAUGUAGGCUCUCUGGCAUUGCCCUUCAAAGAAUUGGCUCGAGCACAGUGGCGAACAGCACGCCGCGUGCUAGUCACUAAAGAUAUGCAACAAAAUAUAGUUGAAGGGAAGUUGUGUAGAGUAUUGUUAUAAAAGGUACCUAUUCUAAAUCUGGAGAAACAGACUAACUAUCAGAUGCAAAUGUCGGAUAGUGAUGCUGCAAUAUGCAUUUAUUGCCAUCUUCAUUUUAUUUUCAAUUAUGGGAUCAGUGCCAAACUUUCUCUUUCUUGUUUAGCUCAAAACGAUGCAAUUGUUAGCAUGCUU